UUCUUUAAAACGCGAGGUUAUGGCUGAAAUACGCACAGACGCCUAUUAAUAAUAAUUUAAAAUAAAAUACUAUUAAUUAUACUAGCAAUAAACUAGGAAAACACUUUAAAUAUUGUAAUGAACAGUAAAGUCGUCUUUCCGUUGUCUGUGACAUGAAAUAAACGUUUACAGCAGCUCAAUGAAAUUUAAUAUAUUGCUAAAAAAUAUUUUUUCGUAUCAUUUAGACUUUCUGGACUUUUUUUCAGUGUGUUGCAAUUGUCUUUCUUUUUUUUUGACGUGGAACAUCGAUCGAGUCAAAUUCAGCGCAGGCGUGUACUGGAAACAUACAUUUUUUUAUCGCGCUAAAGGCUAGGCUAAAACGAAAACUAACGCUGAAGUAUGAGCGGCUGUGGGUGAAGCGUAACACAGCGGCAGGUUUCGGCUUGAACUGCUCGCGUGUUUUCUCGGGGAGAAAUCAGGGGAGACCCUCAAGCCUGAAGAAGUGGAUGAGAGAGAAAGAGAAAGGGAAGCUGGAGGAGCCGGAGAAACGGGCAGCACGUUUGGGGUGUAGUUGAGCCUGUACGCCGGUAGUCGGGGCCUCGGGAAACUGGUGGCUUUGGUGUGGAAAUGAACCAAGUUUACAAACAAGACGCAUUUCACAUCAUCCGGUUCCAGUGAAAAGUUGCUCAUUUGACUAUAGUUAUUGGAUUAUUUUCUUACUGUUAUUUAUUUCUUUUUUUUCCUAUUGGGAAUAAUGGACGCUUGUACAGAAGAAGGGGAAGAAAACCAUUGCAGGUUUGAACGCAGCUCGAGCUCGCGCGCCGUGUUGCUGUUUCCCAACUGAAGCGCAGCCGCACCCUCUGGCGAAUCAGCCAACAAGCUAACGGCAUUGAUAUUUACCCAAAAACUGGUCUCCCCCCUCAAAAAAAAAAAACCCUAGAGCUUCAUACAUGUUUAUUUUUUUCUUCUGAUAAAGAGACGCAUUCACUUUUCGAAGCGAACCGGCUGCUAUUCCUCAACGCCUUGUUUCCCAUUUGAAGUAAAGCCGCACCCUCUGGUUGCUUCCUCAUACAGAAGAAGAGACCCCACACACAUACACAUGAAGCUGGAAUAAACCUCUCCUAGAACACCACUGACUGAUCUAAAAACUACUCAAUAAAGUGGAUUUUUGCUAUUGAAUGAGAUGGAAAGCUGCGGUGGAUGGUUGGUUUGCCUGAUGGUGUGCUGUGGAUCCCAUGCUUCUUGCUGAGGAAGGUGUAUGGGAACUAGACAGUAAUGCUGAAGGAACCCAGGCUUCAGAACGAACCGACCAUCGCCACCGGGUGCCGAGCCAAAAGGAAGAGGUUAAAAGUUGUGAGAAGUCAAAGCGUGGUCUUUACUGAGGUCCAAACCAGUGCUUUAUUAUCUUUUUUUUAUUUUGGAGACUUUUAUAAAGUAGGCAUUGUGGGAUGAUGAUGCGUGGAGUGGAGGAGCGUCGGAGAAAGCGUGAUUCGGACUGCUGCUGCGAUCCAGCCAUGACCCUCAGAGGCACUUUGCAGCGGAGGAUCGAACUUAGAAAUGGCUCAUCUGGUUUUAGUCAUUCAGUGGAUUUUGUUUGGCCUCCCGCAACCACGAGAAGGGCAAGAACCUUGAAAUGCUUGUCUGCUUGACAUGAAUUAGGAAAAAACGAAAGAAAAAAACCAAACGAACAAACAGAAACUGACAACCGGGGCAGUCGAUUCUUCACACUUUUUUAGACUUUGAAUCAGUAUAGGAAGUGAAUUUCAUGGUUGAGGUGUUUUGGUGGGAUUUGGAGGUCUAGAAUCGGCUGGCACUUUGACUCGAGUUGAUCUUUUGUAUGGCACUGCAGCAAGUGUAUGGUUAUUAUUUUUUCUGUGUGUAUGUGUGUAUAUGUGUGUUGGAUAAGAAACCACCUGUGAAUCUAUAUUUCAUGAACCCACGAUGUGAUUUUUGUAUCAAAUGCACAAUUAGGGGUCCAAUGACAUAAAUUUUAAGGAGUCAUGAUAUUGAAGGGAUUUAAAAUGUAGCCUUGAUUUGUUUUUUUUUCGACCUCAUUCAGCCACUUUGUUUUAAACAUCACACGUACGCCAGGACACACUUUUCCUGCGUGAAGUUACAUUAUCCUGUUUUUUUUUUUUCUUUUUCUUUUGAUUUCGCAAAUGUUUACUAAAAUUCAGUAAGCGAGCAGUCGAUAUCGGUGUAUUUUCUGAAGGACAACACUUUUUUUGGCCAGUUUCUCAGAGAAGGUGUGUAAUUAUUAUUGUUAUUUGUUUGUUUUUGAAGACAUUGUCAUUCUAAGUUAUGAGAUUGUACUGUGGAAUGUGUGGUGUAAUCUAUAUUUUCUACAAAAAAGAAAAUCCAGAAUAUUAGCUUGACCACCAUACUAUGGCUAGUAGUGGCUCGGGAAAGUCAGACAGCGAGGUUCCAGCGUCCAGCAUCCCGAGUGGCAGCGUGCAGCAGCGGAAAAGACUCACGUCUGUUUGCGACACAUGCAAAAGCAAGAUGCAGCUGGUGGCGGAUUUGCUUCUGCUGUCCAGUGAGACGAGGCCGGUGAUGACUGGGGAAGGCACGCCGGUGGCAGAGACUUUCGAGAAGUGUCGAGAUACAGUGAUUGCUCGGACGAAGGAGUUGUCCAUCAUCACUCAUGACAUUCAGAGCCAGCUAAACAUGGGGAAGUUUACAGAGGUUGGGGAGCGGUUAGUCGAAAUGGGCAAUCUAGUGGUGUCUCUAACGGAGUUUUCGGCUCACGCCGCGUACCUGGCGGCCGUGGAGGCACCGGGUUCGCACGUCGCCGUUCCUGGAUUGGUGGAUCGUUACAAAGUGACACGAUGCCGCCAUGAGGUGGAUCAAACUUGUGCUGUCCUACGCAUAACCCCCCUUUCUGAUUUAACUCCCCAACUCCUCUUGGAAGUUUCCCAAAAUAUCCGGAGGAACCUGACCACUCUCACAGAGGCUUCGUCUCUGGCCAGUGAGAAAUCCAAGGACAGGUUUGCCAAAGAGCAGUUCAAAGCCAGUGUAAAGUGCAUGAGCACGAGUGCGACAGCGCUUCUCGCCUGCGUCAAGGAAGUGAAGACGAACCCAAGCGAGCUGACGCGCAAUCGAUGUGUGCUUUUCAGCGGCCCGCUGGUUCAGACCGUCAACGCACUGGUGGGAUUCGCCACUGAGCCGCAGUUCCUGGGCAAACCCGCUAACGUUAGCGCUGAUGGUAAAACGGUGCAGACGGCUGUUCUGGGUGGUGCAAUGAGUGUAGUUUCAGCCUGUGUCCUGCUCACACAAGGUCUUCGAGAUGUAUCCCAGCAUGCCGAGAACAGCUCCCAGAUGCCCACGUACCGCGAAAGAUUGCGGCAGUCAGCUUGCGCUGUCUCUGAUGGAUGCACAUUGCUCUCACAGGCGCUCAGGGAACGAUCUUCGCCCAGGACUUUACCACCGGUCAACUCGCAUUCUGUGAAUUAAAACAAAGCCUGCCUUUUUUUUUUUUCUUUCUUUUUUCUUUUCUCAACUUACCAAAGAGACUAAUAUGCUUUAACCUCGUGUUGUGUGAUCCUAUUGAGUGAAUGUAGUGAAUUUGUACUAUUUUGUCUGUCCAACUAUUCUGAUGCAACCAAGGUGGCAGUGUUUUUUUUGCACUGGAUGUAAUAAAAACAUAGCCGAAACUGA